AUUAAGCAUCACAAUUUGGCGUGUAUACGAAGGGUGUCAUGUAUGCGUACGAUUUAUUGACAAAUAAAAUAGUGAUGCAGUAAUUGCUUUUAACUCUGUUUCAGACAGGUUUCGUUUUUUGAGUGUAUUUCGGAAGCCGGGAUGCUGCAGGAGUUUUCCCAUCUCCCGGCGGAAGUGGCUGCUGGAAGUUUUCGAUUGCGGCGGCUAGCAAGCUAGGGCGUUGCUAGGGCACUCACAGUUUCUUUUUUUAUUUUUUGUAAACUCUCGUACAAAUGACGCCAAGCGUUGGGAGAAAAAAUUGCGAGCGUCCCUGAAAGUUUUAACGGCUGUUCGGCGUUUUAGUUCACCGUUAGUGACUCACGGGAGAGUGCUUGUUACUUUCUACCCGUUUAGCUUGGCUGCCUAGCCUAGCCCGCUUUUUCAUCCACGGGAAGGAAUUGUGCGGAGAGACUGACUGACUCCGUUCUGCUAACAUGGAGUCAAGGAGCGUCGAGCGCCGCUAACACACACUUUGCCCGCAUUCUCUUCUCAUCCCUGGAGACUAUUUUUUCCCAGAGGACCUGGACGUAAAAAGGCUACUGGACAUUUAUAUAUGUUUUUUUUUUCUUCUCGUCGGGAUUCGGACUUUCCUUACUUUGCAGUGUAAACAAGGGCACACGACGAAAAGUCCCCCCCCCCCCCCACACCCAGUACAGUUCAUCUGUUUUGUUAGCGUGAAGCUAGCUAGACUGGACUCUCAUCUCCUUUGACGAUUCUCUCAAUCAAGCUUCUAGAUGAUAUACAUUUUUAAUUUUUUUUCUUCGUGCUCGUUUGUUUUAAACAUUACGGUAUCGAACGACUCUGACUCUGCAUGGUAACGGCUGAAUCGGGCAGGAGAAACCAAACCGCAAACUCCCGACUGGAGGAAUUUGUUGGAUCUCUAAGGGACGUUGAGUCCCCAUUCGAGCCUAGUGAAGGUGGUACCAGUCGGACUGAACCGCCACGCUGUCCGUAACGUUGGAUUAUCCGAAAACUGGGAUGUGAAUGCGAGGCUUCCACGCAUACAACUUGGGCCAGCAGUGUUAUUUAUCACCGAUACCCAGGCCCUAAUUCAUUUUUACGGUCUGCACCAUUUUAAUCCUCUUUGCGGUGACCCACUUCUCCAUUACAUUUAGGAUAUUUGCUGUUGGCAUCUCUGCUUGCAUCUUCCUUUUAUAUGUAUUUUAUUGUAUUUUUUUUUAACGGCCAUUUGUCACGAAUGCCAGUGAAGGACGCUCCACCAAGUCGCCUCGUCACACUGGAAAAUGUCAAUCGGAUAUAAUUCCCUGCAAAUCUAGAACCGGAAGCCCAAUGAGUGACACACAGUCCAGCUUCACUGACAGGUUUCCCAAGAAAGCAAACAGAACUAGCAGCAUUCUCAGCAAAGACCACCCCCCGGACAAGAAACCUAAAAGUGACAAAACCUCACUUCCCUCAAAUGAGUUUGACCCAACAGUACGGCUGAAGUUUCUGGAAUCAAAAUGCUCCGCACCACAUGAUGGAUUAUCUCUGAAUGAUGCAAAAACACAAGCUCUGGUGGUGCAGAAGAGUGGCAGCAGCAGUUUGCUAGCAGAGGGGAAGCCUGAGUCCUGUGGUCUGGUCCAGCGAUGUGUCAUCAUCCAGAAAGACGAAAAUGGCUUUGGGCUCACAGUCAGUGGCGACAAUCCGGUGUUUGUGCAGCUCGUCAAAGAAGAUGGAGCUGCAAUGCGAGCUGGCGUUCAGACAGGAGACAGGAUCAUCAAGGUUAAUGGAACCCUGGUGACACAUUCUAACCACAUUGAAGUGGUGAAGCUUAUCAAAUCGGGGUCCUAUGUGGCCCUCACGGUACUGGGUCGCCCUCCGGGGCUUGCCCAGAUCCCCCUGUCUGAAGCAGAGUCUGAAAUGCUGGGCGUUAGCAUUUCCUCUCCAAAUUCGCCUGCAACCGAACGCCCAUACAGUCCUCAUGAUCAGCUCGCCUCCACACCUCAAUGGGCAAUGAAGGAGGAGCACAGCAGAAACCCCUCCCCCAAACUACUGAAAGACAACCAGGAAGCUAAGAAAAACAUUCCACAGCUGCAGGGUCAGCUCUACAAGGCCACCGGUGCAACACAGGAGGCUGCUCCAGGUGGUGAUGCAGAUGAUGGUAGCAUGUUUGAGACUGAGCACACUCUUUUGGUGGGAGAUCAAAGUGCUGACUUGGCCUGGAACAGCACACCUAUUUCUGGGUUUGGACUCGGCUCUCCAGAGAGUCUAUGCCAGAGGGAGUUGUCCUGUCCCAGCCCGAAGAGCACACCCAGGAAUAGCUUCAACUCCUGCCACUCCCCAGAGACUGAGGAUGCCACUGAUCUGGACUCACUGUCUCCCACCACCGUCAACAGUCCCUCUUCUCGCCUCAUCUCACAUAUCAUUGGAGCUGAGGAUGAUUAUUUUGAUUCUGACCAAGAGCAGACAAAUGGCCAGUUUAACCGUUUUACCAGCAUUGAGCAGCUCAAGUCUCGACCCGCCCACCUCGCAGCCUUCAUGCAUCACGUCAUAUCUCAAUUCGAUCCAGCCCCAGUGCUGUGCUACCUCUAUGCUGACUUGUACAAGCAGACCAACUCCAAAGAGACCAGACGGGUGUUCAUGGACCUCCAUACCUUCUUCAUUGAUCGGGGAGCACACUUGAAAGUGGCAGUUCCUGAAUCAAUUUCUGCAGAUCUUGACCGGCGGCGGACAGAAUUAAUCCCAGAGGAAAUAAACAGACAGCAUGUUCAAACACUGCAGGAUUCUUUGCUCCCUGACAUUCAGAAGAACCUUGAGGAUUUCAGACAAAAGCGCAGUAUGGGCCUCACUGUUGCUGAAGUGGAGCUGGGAAGGCUGGACCAAGAAUGCGUGAGAGAUCGUGUCACACUCGAGCGUGAACGCUCUUAUGCUGAAAAUAUUAUUACCAAGAUAGAGGAUAUCCUGGUUACUGCUCAGACGACAGAAGAGGAGAAGUGCACGACAAUGCAGUAUGUCAUUUAUACAUACAUGAAGCACCUUGGUGUGAGGGUCAAGGAACCUCGCAGUCUGGAGUCAAAACGGGUCCGGAUCAACUUCCUUCCGAAGAUUAAGAAAAGCAUCAAGACAGAAAAGGAUGGCGAAGAAAAGGUGAAGAAGCCCAGAUUUCCCAGUAUCCUUGGACCUCAGCGUCGGCCAAGCCGCAUUGAAGCCACAUCAGUGGGCAAAGCCCUUGAUGGUCGGCCCAAGCCUCAGAAGCAGUUGUCUCAGCCUAGUCUUGGGGUCGGCGAGCAAACAGAUGGUGGUCGUUUAAGGGGCAGCCAAUCCAGCGAGGGCUCUGAGCUCAUACACUCCAUGUCUCUCACCACCUCAUCCCCAAACAGCACUACCUUCAGUUCUGACAUGAGCCGAGACACAGACUUGGGUGGGACUGCAACUUCAGGACCCACCAGGCUGAGCGACGGUCUUCAGGCUGACCCUCUUGAUGGGUUGCCAUACCCAGCAUCGCACUUUGAUCUUUACGGCCUGGACCAACUCCAGGAGGAUGACAGAGAAACUGACAGAACCCAUGAGGGAACGCCCAAGGCAAUUAGAAGACUCGAGGGACUGUGUCCUGCCGAUGUCCAAAGCGAGGAUGACCAGGGAACAGACUCUGAGCAUGACCCCCUUAACUGGCAGCAGCUGGUGGGACGCGAGGUUCUGGCGGGUCUCAGGCCUCUUGAAAUCAAGAGACAGGAAGUUAUUAAUGAGUUAUUUUAUACGGAGCGUGCACACGUGCGGAUGCUGAGAGUUUUGGAUCACGUCUUCUACCAGAAGCUUUCAAAAGAUUCCAUCCUGCCUCCUGCUGACAUCAAACACAUCUUCACCAACCUGGAGGAGAUUCUACAACUGCACGUUUCCAUUCUGGAGCAAAUGGCAGCAGUUCGGAAGCGGAACGAGUCAUCAGUCAUUGAUCAGAUAGGAGAUGAUUUGCUCUCCUGGUUCAGUGGCGGAGAGGAGGAGAAGCUCAAGCAGGCCGUUGGGACGUUCUGCAGUAAUCAGCCCUUUGCUCUGGAGAUUAUCAAGACGAAGCAGAAGAAAGACUCGCGCUUCUUUUCAUUCAUGCAGGAGGCGCAGAGUAACCGAUUGUGCCGGCGACUGCAGUUGAAGGAUAUUAUUCCUGUUGAGAUGCUGAGGUUCACUAAGUACCCCUUGCUGCUGGACAACAUCUCUAAGUACACAGAUGGUGCAGUGGAGAAGGACAAAGUGAAACAGGCAGCUGAAUGUUGUCGAAAGAUCCUCAAUCAUGUAAACCAAGCUGUUAAGGAAUCUGAAGACAAGCAGAGGCUGGAGGACUAUCAGAAAAGACUGGACUUGUCCUCCCUGAAGCAGACAGACAACCCAAUGAUCCUGGAGCUUAAGAACUUAGAUCUAACCAAGAAAACCAUGGUGCAUGAGGGGCCACUGUCAUGGAAAGUGAACAAGGACAAGAUCAUUGAACUGUACACUCUCUUGUUGGAGGACAUCCUAGUCCUGCUCCAGAAACAAGAUGAUCGCCUCAUCCUCAAGUGUCACAGCAAGAACUUGGCAGGCACUGCCGACACCAAACACAUCUUCAGCCCUAUCAUCAAGCUCAACACCGUGCUGGUGCGCUCCGUGGCUACAGACAACAAGUCCUUCUUUGUUCUUUCCAUGUCUGAGAAUGGUGCACAAAUCUACGAGCUCAUGGCGUCCACAGUCUCGGACCAGAGAACGUGGCAGAAUUUGAUCACGCAGCGAGCCGAAGCUAUGAAAGUCAAACCCCACACUGUCAUACCUCUACCUCAGACAGAUGAGGAGCGAGACGGUGUGGAGAUCAUCACAGCCGGUGUCUCCAGGCUGAGUAAAGAUCCAGACCGCACGUCUACUGGCAGCACUCAGUCCACAGAUAAAGAGAGCAGUCCACCUGUGAGGCGGGUGACACCAAGCCCCUUACCCGCAAGCAAUCCUUACGAGGCAAGGAAGGCAGAGGAAGAGGAGGAGGAAGGUUUUGUGGACCCAGAGCUUCCAUACCGAGGGACCGAAGAUUGCAGCGCAGACUCUUUUAACGUGUUUCCCUCCAGAGCAGAUGAAGCGCUGAAAACAUUGUCUGCAUUAAAGCAAGUGUUGGUGACCCAGCUCAUGUCACAGGAGGCUGCAGAGCGAACCAAGCGCUCAACGGGAGCUCGCCUCCUUAGGACCACCUCCCUGAGGACGCCAGUAGAGAAACGUGUGAUGGUCCACAAUGGUUCGGAGAAGAACACCUCCCAGACCGAGGACCCCAGCCAGGACUUGGGCUCUGGCGACACCGGAUUCUUUGAUUCCCCUGAAGAUUAUGCAGGAUUUUUAGUCCUGGAAGGAUAUGGCGGGCCGGGGGAGAGCAGCACCGACGAUGAAUUGUCGCCUGCAGGGAAGCAAUUGAGCGUGUCGCAAGGCUGCGCCGCCGACUCGGGGAUUAAUCUGAGGUUCUCCUCAGCGUCGCACGCUGGCAGUCUCUCAUCUUUUAGCAGACAAAUCCUGUCUUACCUGCGAAACCUUCAGGCCAACCUCAACCACCUCAAGGAGGUUGAAGCCAGGUACAAUAAUCUGCGUCAUAGGCCGGAGAGAUCAAGCACACACUCAGAUGGAAACAAAGAUAAGAGAUAGUGGACGUCUCGCCUACGCCUUCUGUGGGGGGGGGGGAAUUCAACAAGUUGUAGUAGUUCCGCUACCGCCCUUGUUUGUCUGUGUGUGUGUCCUGGACAUAGUGGACGUUCUAUAAGCUUGUCCUCCCACUGCUGACUCAUCAUUGCCCCCCACCCCCCAUCAUCCUUGUUGCCACCAAGAGCAAGAGACUUGAAAGGGGCAGAGUUGCCUCCUCAUCAGCACAAGGCAAUCAACCAUAUUUCCACCUAACACCUCCCUGCAAAAAAGAGAACUUAUACCAAAAUGUACAAAGAUGUGGGUUUAUAUACAGUAUGUAUAUAUAUAUAUAUAUAUAUAUAUAUAUAUAUAUAUAUAUAUUUAGAUGUAUGAAACACAAAGCAAGAAGAGGAAAAAAUUAAGAUAAUGUAUUAAGAUGUUUUUUUAUCCCAAGAUGUAUUUAUUUUCUAUUUGUUUUUUUUUUUUUUUUUUUUUUUUUUUUUUUUUUUUUAAGAAAAUGUGUUUCUUGCAUUGCGUGCAUGCUGUUGCUACUUUGGCUGCCUCUUUUUCUUUCUUCAGUCACACAGGCUUGAUGUGUUAGCAAGGUUCACCCCGCUUGCAGUUGAAUGCCACUGAAAGAGGCUCAUGUAUAGACCCCGCAACCCCCCAUCUCUGUGUUGUCUUCAAAAUCAAAAUGGAAGUAUUCAUACAUUAUACCUGUGGCAUUGAACUAGAAUGAAGAGUCACCGGGGCUCUGAUCUGGUCGUUUUGCUUUCUUCCUCCUCACCCCCUUAUGGAUAGUGAUGAACAAUAACUCAGAAAAAUGACAUAACACUUAUUGAUCCAAUGCCAAAAAAAAAAAAAAAAACUGACAUAAGAGCCAAUCAUUCAGCAGCAGGCUGGUUGGCAGGGGCUGCUGUUUGCAUUGACCUGGGACAGUCAUUGAUGUCAAAAUUCUUUGCAUACAGCUCCAAAAUUAUUUGAUAUCGACUAUAAAUUAGCAUAUGGUCGCAGCACGUAAUUACAUGGCUCGCGUCCUUUGCAUAGCAACUCUCGGAAAGACCCAGCAACCUACGACAGAACCGCAAGCGUUUGGCUGCAUGGAGAAGGCUAACAGCUAAGUAAACACUAACCCCUGCAGAACACAUGUUCUUUUGCUAUGUUCACUCAUUGGAUAACAGAUUAGAUCAACUGCAGAUGGAAUAAACAUCAAAACAUACAAUUGCUCUCCUGCCUUCAUCGGGGCCAGCGCAAGUCCAUAUUCACAAAUUACGCUCGUCUGCCAGCUAGUUUAGGAGCAAACCCCCACACCCGACCCGUCAGACAUGUCUUCGCUCACCUACAAAUUCAAAUGUUUUAUAAAAAAUAUUAACAUGAAUGACUGCCCGUUCUUAUCUUGUUUUAAAUAGAAAACGAAUAUUGGAACCUGUGCAUUAUUCAAGUUUGAGAAAAAAAGUUCAUUGUCAGUACUGUACUAUAGUUGUGCUUUCCUCUUGACACAAAGCUAGACAGCCAGUGAAAUGAACUAAUAAAAAAAAAAAGCUUUGUACACGAGGCAUUCUUUUCUUGCUUUUAUGGAGAUCUCUUGUGUUGAAUCAGAUGUCAAAAGUGAAAUGCUCUUCCAGUGCUGGCAAACCAAGCGAUGCUUUCGGAGAUGACAAUUUUACCCCAGAUGAUUUAACAGUUGGCACUAUGAAAUAUGCACUCUGAAAGCAACAUUUUUAGUCGUCACACACACCUUAUUUGAACUUAAAGACAGUUGUGAUUGCACAAUAACAGUCCAUUCAUACAAAUAUCUCAUUUCAAUUGUACUUGUGUAUUGUGACAAAAUUACACGUGAUCAAGAUUUUUAUUUGAAGAAAGGCAGUCUAUGAUGUAUCCCGUUUGAUAUAAAACAUCCAUCCUUUUUCUAUACCGCUUAAAUUCACUCGGGUCACGGACGUGCUGGCGCCAAUCUCAGCCAAUUGGACGAGAUGCGGGGUAUACUUUGAACCGGUCAGUGGCUGGCGACAUACAAAUAACCAUGUGCACUCAAAUUCACACCAGGCGUCAAUUUAGUAUUCAAUUAAGCUACCAUGCAUUUUUGGGGGGUGUAGGAGGAAACCAACCCAGACGUAGGCAGAAGAUGCAAACUCCACACAGACGAGGCCGGGAUUUGACUAGGUUUCCUGAACUGUGAUGCAAAUGUCCCCACCGUGCUGACUAUUGGAAUGGCAAGGUCAGCUUCGUUGUUUUGUAUACUGCCAACAUUUGUGUUUCAGAUCAAAAGAUGGAUAUAAGACAAACAUUGAGAAUUUCUGCUUUUAUUUCAUGGCAUUUACAUCUAGAUGUGUUAACUCGGGACAGAGCACUUUUUGUUUGGGUUGUGAAUUUUUUUUUUUUUUUCCUGGGGCGUUUGGGGUUAGAGAAAACAAUUGAGAACCAACUCGACUAAAGUAUAGUGGAGGUAAUGUCGUGGUUUAGAUUUGCAUGGCAGCCUCAGUAAGGGGCUCACUUUUAUUGUUGAUAUAACUCAUGAUGUAGCAGCAGAAUGAAUUUGGAACUAUACAAAAGAAUUUUGUAUUGCAAUUUGUGCCAAGACAGCAGCCGUCGUUCACAUCUGUGUCGUUUGAUGAACGUACUUGAGCACAAUUUAAAGACAUUGAAACUAAUCAAGCCAAUAACCCAAAACAGACUGCCAACACAACAAACAAAAGGCUUCAUCAGGGGGGAAACAUUGUCAGGUUUUAGACUGGCUCAGUCAAUCAUUGUAUCUUAAAUCAAUAGAGCAUGCAUUUUACCCCCUGAAGGGAAAAGCUCAGUAACAAGACCUGAAAAGAGGCUGCAGUAAAGGCCUGUUAAAGCAUUUCAAAUAAAUCAUGCCACAGUCUGUUGAAGUCAAUGGGUCGCAGGGUUGAUGUAACUGUUGAUAGGUUUCCAAUCCGCCAUCUUGUGUGUCAUUGAGGUCAGAGAACACAGGUGAUAGGUGAAGCAUUUUUUUUCUAUUGUUAAUUUGUCCGAUUGACCUAAGAGUUAUGAUGUCCUAGAAAAGGGGAAUCCUGGUACUGUGGUGACAUGAUUGGAAACCUAUCCAUUGUAAAAGUUAUGCCAAAAAUAUGAAAUGGUUUGCUCACUUAUAAAGUGGGGGCUUCCAACAAUAGGUCCUUCGUCCAGAGUUAACACAUCUGCAUCUACCCAUGAAAUAAAAGCUGGAAUUCAGAACUUUUGUGUCAAAUUCAUAUUUCAA